AUGCUGGCGUCGCUCGUCGAAGGAUACAGCUCGGAGGAGGAGGAGGAGGAGGAGGAGGCGAAGGGGAAGGAGGAGAAGGCAGGGAAGGGUAAGGACACUAAGGAGAAUGCUGCAGAGGGGAAGGACAAGGAAGGGGCGGAGGGAUCAGGAGCGAAGAAAAGGAAGCUACCGAGCGCUUCGCAGAUGAUGGCCUCGACAAGUAGCUGGGCAAGGGACGACGAUGAGCAGACCGAGGAGAAGAGCGUCGAUCGGAUCGGCAAGGAGUACCACAACGUUCCUCCCCCCACUGGCGUGAGGGCUAGUGAUACCAUCGGGGAACGAGCGGACUACAUCAAGCCAGCGGUCGGAACGUCUGUGGAUGCAAACAAGGUGUACACUGGCCAGAGGAUGCUGGCGAAUAGCUCCUUGGUACCUCCGCAGCUGAAAGGGAGGAAGAACGUGAACACGGAGGACGUUGGGUCCUGGACGACAGAGAAGAGAUACAAGUCGAAAACAUCCGAGUAA